AAGAUGAAAUUUCACAUUUGAAAAACAAAAAGAAAAAGAAAAAGAAAAAGAAAAAGAAAAGAAAGAAAAAAAGAGCAGCUGAAAGCCUGAAACGGAGAGAAGAAAAAGAGAAUAACCAAGGUCUUUGAAAGGGGCCCACCUUCAAAUCUGUGACAGAGACGGCAGUUUCAAUUUUUUCAGCUCUUUCUGUGGAACGUCUUCUUUAUUAAUGAAAUGAAAUACCCUCUCCUUUACUUCUCUCUCUCUAGGAAGGGAAAAAAAGAAAAUCACAUUAAUAAAUUAAUUUGAAAGAAGAGAACUUUCUUUGUAUUUUUGUGGGUUCUGUGUAAAUUUCUAAAGUAAAGUCUUCUCUUUCACACCUUUCAAUCUUCAAAGCCAUGGAGGGAGAGAAUCUAGGGCUUCUCAUCUCAACAAAGUCUAUCAAAGGUCUGUUCUUUUGGUGUUCCUUUUGCUUCAAUUUUAUCAUUUUUAUCUGAUGAUAUAGUUAUCUGGAUUUUCUUCCUUUGUCAAUCCACUUUGAUCUUUUGGGUUCAAUUUUUGUUCUUUACAAAUUUAGACUUUUGGGGAAGCUGAAUUUCUCGCAAAUUUUUAUCAGAAGAUAAAAUCUUUUUAUGGUAUCGGAUUUAGCCAAAAAUGGGUACUUGGGCUUCUUAUUUUUUGUCUGAAGAUCUAUUGCUAAACUAGGUAUUUGGCAUUUUUGGAGUUUCUAUGGUCUGUUUUUGUCUGGGUUCGGUGAUUUAGAUUUUUUUCUCUUUUUUUUUUUCCUUUGGGAGAGAGGGUUUGGGAUUCUUAUAAUAUGGAGGAGGUUGAAGAAGCUAACAGAACAGCUGUUGAGAGCUGCCAUAGAGUUUUGAGUUUGUUGUCUAAACCUCAAGAUCAGGUUCAGUAUAGGAAUUUAAUGGCGGAAACUGGAGAGGCUGUGUUUAAGUUCAAGAGAGUUAUUUCUCUUCUAAAUUCAGGUUUAGGUCAUGCAAGAGUUAGGAAACUGAAGAAGCUGCCAACCCCUAUAUCCCAAAACAUCCUUUUAGAUAAUCCGCAUCAUAGAACAGAUCAUCCAUCCAAGAAUUAUCAGUUUCUCCAAUCUAGUAGUUAUCUUGAUAACCAACCAAUUCAGGAAUUGGGUUCAAAUUCUAAGAGCUCCCUUUGUUUGGGAACUCCAUCUUUGGAGCUUAGUACAAAUGGGAAAAAUCCUCUUCACGUCGCUCAACAAACACCCUCACCACAUUAUCACUUCCUUCAACAGCAACAACAGCUGCAGCUACAGCAACGUAUACAGCUCCAACAGCAGCACCAACAGCAAAUGAAGCAGCAAGCUGAGAUAAUGUUUAGAAAGAGCAAUAGUGGAAUUAAUUUGAACUUUGAUAACUCCAGUUGUACACCUACAAUGUCAUCCAAUAGAUCUUUCAUAUCUUCCUUAAGUAUAGAUGGUAGUGUGACUAAUAUGGAAGGAAGUGCAUUCCAUUUGAUUGGGGGACCUCGUGCCUCAGAUCAGAGUUCACAGCAGCACAAGAGAAAGUGCUCUGGUAGGGGAGAAGAUGGGAGUGUGAAAUGUGGAAGCAGUGGCAGAUGCCAUUGUUCAAAAAAGAGGAAACAUAGAGUGAAGAGGUCAAUCAAGGUACCAGCUAUCAGCAAUAAGCUUGCUGAUAUCCCUCCUGAUGAUUAUUCAUGGAGGAAGUAUGGGCAGAAACCGAUCAAGGGUUCUCCUCAUCCCAGGGGCUAUUAUAAAUGUAGUAGCAUGAGAGGCUGCCCUGCAAGGAAGCAUGUUGAAAGGUGCUUGGAAGACCCAUCGAUGCUUAUUGUGACUUAUGAAGGCGAACAUAACCACCCGAGAAUACCAACACAAUCUGCAAACACAUAAUUCUCAUGUGAUCAUUUCAAGCCUCCUACUAUUCCAUUGAUCAAAACAUAUUUAUGAUGGCAUCUGUACAUAUUUUGCUUCGUUCAGGCCUAGGGUAUAGUUGGGGUUUUUACUUUGUUUACUCUGGGGGAGUUGGUUUCUGGAGCCAUUUUAGCGAUAGACAGGCGAACUUGAAGUUGGAGCACCGUGCAAAGAAAAAUGUAGAAUCGGGGAUUUGAAUUGUAAGAACUUUUUCAUUCUCCAUGGGAAUCAAUGCUUGAAACAAUUCUUGGGAA